UUUUUAUUUAUUUGGAUAUCAUCGAUAUUUAUAAUACAUUUCUUGGCUUUUAAACGUAAUCUUCACGUAAAUUUUAACGUAAACUUAGUUCUAUCUCAAAAUGUGAAUAAGUUUUUGGCAAGGAUUUAAUUUUUGGUACGUAUGCUUUUAUCGCUGACUGUACUUUUCUUAUCACAGGCAACUAAUACUCAUCAAGACAAAUCUAAAAUCUCCAAACACUUAGGUUGCUUUGUUUCAUCAUUAGAGUUACUAUGGCCACCUCCCAUCUCCAUCAUCAGAUCAGCUCGAUGGUAUCAUAAUAUUGCAUUGUCACCUGAUUUACAUAUGUAUGCAAAUUUUCAGCUCCAUCGCAAAUCAGGAAGCGGGUAAAAUUUAGCUUCCAAAAUUUGACCCACACUAACAAACAUACAUACUAAUACGGCAAGUUAAAUAAAAGCUUGUAAAAAUAGACUUUAUAUAACAAUGCAAUACUACGAGAAUAAUACCUACUGGUAGUUUUCAAUAGUAAUUUUAAAAGCAUAAAGCAAAUAACGACAAGAAAUUUAUUAAUUUGAGUAAAUUUCAAAGGGAUUUAUGCACCUUCUAUUGUUUUACUACUCGACUUAACGAUCUCUAAUUAAAGUUAGCAAUUACUUAGUUAAUACAACAGCAGAAUAUGUCGUAAAAUGCGAGAGGCCUUACGCCACGUGCCAUAGGCAUAAAAUCUGGGAAUUAUAUUUCACCGUAAGGGCCAAUGGAUUCAUAUGAAUCAAAAAUUAAUAUAGUUUAUGUAGUAUUUACAUUAUAGUGGAACCUCGAUAGCACAAAUCUGAAGGUAAAAAUAGGUCAUGUUGAUGAGUUUUAGUCUUAUGGAGGGUAGCGACUUAAGAGACGUAAGAGGUUCUUAUAGGUUUAUGUACGGAGGUGAAACGUUAAAAAAAAUCUAUCAGAUAGGUUAUUUUAUAUAAAUGGAUAAAAUAGAGAUACGUGAUAAAACAGUAUAUCAAAUUUAUUGGAGUUAUAGAGGUCAAUUUACAUUUUUCGACUUAUGGAGAUAAAAAUUGUACUGGAUAAUCGUACAGGGAAUCGUUGGUUUUAGUACUUCGUGUUAAUGAGGUUUAAAUAAUUCAAAUUAUGGAAUGGAGGUUAUGGACUUUGAAGGGAAGGGAAUAUUAUUUAAAAAAAUUGGUUUCGUGUCAACGGGGAUUUAUAAAGUUAAUCGAAAAAGUAGCUGUUGCUAAAACGUUAUGAAGCCUACAUUCAGACACACACACUUACAGUGAAUAAACAUACACAUAUAAGGAAUACAAAUAUAUAUAUAUAUAUAUAUAUAUAUAUAUAUAUGUGUAUAUAUAUAUAAUUAACCGAAACAUAGCUAAAUAUGACAGUAGCAUGUCAGUCACAGAGUAAAAAUAACUAUGUACUAUAUAAACACUAAGGGAGAGAUAAUUAAUGUUCUUUGAGUGUUCUGAAGUACCCAUUACUUUAAAUUUUUGGCAAAAAGAACAUCUAGAACCAUCAAAAGACCAAGAUUCUUUUUUUAUUAAACGAUUUUUUCACAUAACGUUUGUAAUUGUAUCUUAAAUGUAUAUUAAAUUGGUUAUCGUCUUGUAAUAUUCCAGCCAAUAGUAAAUUUCACUAACUCUAGUGGCCGUGACAAGUGAAUUUAACUUUUGAAGUACAAUGAGUGUCAAAACUAUCAAGUCUUAAAAAUGGCGUCAUUUAGUCAUCAAGAAACACAGUCCAGCCCUGCCAAGGAAUUACCAAGGACAUCGAUAGCAAAAUGCAGCGGCUCCCCGCACCGGCAGCGGCGGCGAGAGGACGACGCCAGCCCCGCCGGGUUCUGUGCGGCGCUGCACAAGACGCCGCCCGCGCCGCCGCCGGCCCUGCUGCGCCGGCUCGGCGUGAAGGAGCCCACUGGCGUCGGGAAGGUGAAAGUGAUGCUUCGCGUCGGCGCCUCGGGCGAAGGUCCCUUCACGAGUGGCACCCAAACGUUCUCCUUGGACAAACGCAAGAAACAAGUGAGCCUCUGCGAGAACACCACCGGCGCCGCCGCCGCCCCCGAGGACAGAAAGGUCGGCGUGGCCGCGCCCAAGAUGUUCGCGUUUGAUGCGAUCUUCUCCCAGGAUGACUCACAGACGGAGAUAUGUUCGAGCGCUCUCACGGACGUUAUCCACGCGGUCAUCAACGGGACGGACGGUUGCCUCUUCUGUUUUGGACACGCAGGACUAGGUAAAUCGUACACAAUGUUGGGGCGACCGGACUCGGCGGCGUCGUUGGGCGCCAUCCCGUGCGCCAUCGCCUGGCUGUUCCGGGGCAUCGCUGAGCAGCGCCACAAGUGCGGAACAAGGUUCUCCAUACGAGUGUCUGCCGUUGAGCUCUGCACCAAUACCAACCAAAUCAGAGAUUUGCUGACGCCCUAUCAAAAUGACACAGAACAAUCGCCUGGCGUCUACCUUCGAGACGACCCUCUCUUCGGGACACACCUUCAGAACCAAUCAGAGUUGCGUGUACACAGCGCGGAGAAGGCAGCCUUCUACCUAGAUGCCGCCCUAGCCACGCGAGGAGCGAGGGAGGAGGGCAAGGACAGCCAUCUUCUGUACACUUUGCAUGUGUACCAGUACAGUGUUGGUGGAAAAGGAGCGGUUGCCGGAGGUCGGAGUCGCCUGCAUUUAAUUGACUUAGGAAACUCAGAACGAGGCAAAGCUAGCGGAGGAAUCCCGCUUUCUGGUCUAGGAAAUAUAUUACUGGCAAUAUUUAAUGGGCAAAGGCAUCUACCGUACAGAGAUCAUAAUCUUACACACGUACUCAAGGAAUGCCUUGGGUCACUCACUUGUCAUACUGCCAUGAUAGUCCACGUGUCACCUACCGUACAAAACUACUCUGAUACUUUGACUACUUUACAAUUAGCAUCGAGAAUACACAGGCUCAGAAGAAGAAAAAUUAAAUAUUCCGCUAACAAUAACGCGGGAUCCGGAGGCAGUUCCGGAGAAGAUGCAUCAAAACCUAGUAGUAGUGAACCAGAUCCUUCAAGCAGUGACCUGUCCGCAGACACUGUUAUAUACGUAGGACCAUUAGAUGAUGCAACUGAUGGAGAACAUCCACCAGUUUAUAUUCCACACAUGAACUCUGGCGACAAUAGAGGUGUAAUAAGUAAGGCACUGAGAGGGUCAGCGUUAGAACAUAAACAUAAAUCAUCUUUAUCUAAAGUUAUUGAAGAAAAGAGCCCUGUUCAUAAAUUACACUCUUCACCUAAAGCUUCUCCCAUGAAGACUGCCCUACAAUCGUCAAGUCACACUCCAAAGUCGUCACCAGUUCAUUCCGCUACUUCCAAACUAACGCCCGUUAAAAAAGUAUGUUCAAAACAUACAGAAGAUGUCAAAAGUACUAGUGAUGAACAAUGGAUAGAUGGUCCUCGAAUAUCUAAAUCAAAAUUAGUAGAAGUUAGGCAUAUCAUAAAAGAAACUCAAGAAAAACAACGUGAAACUUGGAUCGAUGGGCCAAUGCAAGAAACGAAAUUGCCAUUACAAUUUGAAUCAGUCCCGAUUCAAUCCAACCAGCUACCCUUGCAAAUUGGCAUACUUGGUUCACAUGGUAGCGAAAAUAUUGGAUACGGUUACAUGGAUAAUCAUAAAAAGAAUAUGAUUAGGAAGUGGGUUGAAAACCAAACGUCACAAAUCCAUAAAUCUCGACACAACUCUCCCAAUCAUAAAAGUCAGCCAAAUCACAAAAAUCUAACACAGAAAGUUUCAGAGGAACCAGAGGCAACACACAAAAUGGAACUUUUGAAAGAGUCAGCAAAGCGCAUUCACGUUGAAGAGUCUACAGUAAGAACUGGCUUAAAAUCCGCUUCAAAGGGCAAUGCAAUAGAAGAAGAGAGCAUAGGUCCACCAGUUAGUGACACUCAAACACCUAAAAAGUCUAAUAGUAAAAUUACUGCAAAGAAUGACAUAGAUGACGAUGACGAUAGUGAGGAACUAGCAGAAAUUCCACCCGCUCUGCCUAUAAUACAGCCAAGUAGUCUUAGUAGCAGAGAAGUAUCUAUGGAGAGCUUAGAUAGUAAAUAUAAAGAACGAAUGAGAAUGGAUGAUGAAUUAAUGUCUAACCAUAGCAGAGAUAUUGACGCUCAUGGUUUAAGUAGGCUAACAGAAGAUGAUGACGAAAUUUUAGAAAUUAUAGAAAUAGAGGAACCGUUAGAACCGGUUCCGAUGCAAGAUUGUUGCUUACAAGUAACCGAAGAAGACAUAGCACUUUGUAUGGGUUACACAGAUAAUCAUUUCUUAGAUGCGGACCAGGAAGAUGCAGAAGAUCAUCCCCUGAGGAUUCUUAGUCAAGAAAACUUAACCGUAGCAUCAACAUUUACGGAUACAUUAUCAUUAUAUAGUGAAGUCGAACGACAAAUUAGAAACGAAGCAUAUCUUAGACAGACUCUCGGGUUUUAUACAGAAAAUUUUUGUUACGAAUAUGCCUUAGGCGGAGAUGUGAAUCCUCACGAAAGUUUACCAUCAUCUCGUUCGAGAAUAGACGACAUGCUAGGACUUGCUGAAUUGUACGGUUCCAGAAAAAUGUUGGACAAUGAUGAUUUACCCAACACGAGAAUCGCUCCCCAAUUUCAGUCACUGUCUCUUUGCAAUGUCAGAGAUACAGAAGAAUUUCACGGUGAUGGUUCAGUUUACAGUGAACCCGCGUAUCGACCCAGUGAUAAAAUAUGUGAUAGUUGCAAGAGAACUAUGUCCCGACCGGGUAGUGCUGUUGGUGAGUGCGGUGCUUUUCAAGAUUUAGAUUGUGCACAGGACGACACCUACGGCCCUUUCGAGAGAUACAGAGGAAACGACAUAACAGACGCUAGAAUAGCAUCAUUGAGGCACCCAGAUGGAGCAUCUGAUCCAAAUUUACGAGAAGAAAAGCGAAUACCGGGUAAUGGUGCACCUUCAAAUAAUUUUCGAGAGUUGAAAUCAAACCUUCACCUAGAAGUUACACCUCCAGUAGUGACAAUUGAACCUCGUUCGGAGAAGAAUGAUAAAGGAGACAAAAGUGUAGCAAGAAUUGUUGGCAGUUCUAAACCGGAUGGUUACGAUAGCGGCCACGAAUCUACACCGAGAACAGGGAAACACAGCCCCGCAGCUACCUCGAGACGAGCCGAGUCUGGCUACGACUCUGUCCCGAGAGAUUCAGAUGCAUCAUCGUUAGACUCAUACCCGACGCGGAGAGCGGCGGUGGCCCGAGCGCACGCCAAGAAACACACGACGGCCAAAUACAAACAACAUAGUGACCGUUCUUUUUGUUCGUGGCUUCGAAAUCCCUUUGCAUGCAAAUAUGCUGAUACAGACCCUGAAAUUAGUGACUUUUAAUGUGAUGGUUGAAUGUGUCGAUCAAACGACUAGAGUAUAAUUACUAAAUAGCAUUUACUUACCCUUAACGUUACCGAAUUUAAUCUGGAGACUGCUUUUGUACUCUAGAUAUACUCGUUUUUAUAUAGUUAAGGCUUUUGCACUAAACCAAUGAGGUUACCGUUGUAUUUUUCUAAACGUUGCUUCUUAUGUGCUCAGUUACUUAUAAAAUUGACGUUGUAUCAUUGUAAAUACAGACGUAUUGAAUUUAAUUCUACUUUGAAUGACUCUUGAUAACAUCAUUAUAUUCAUAAUACUUCAGCUCAUUUUUGUACUUUUAUACUAUCAGAACUUGAAUCACUUAUCGUGUAACUUUAUCUGAGAAAUGUUAAAUGUAGCUUUUGUACUAAGCGGAUUGUAAAAUUGAAGCAAGAUCAAAAGUCUUCCUCCGUCUUCCUCCUAGACAAUCAUAUCGUGAGUCUUGUUCUCUCUUCCUUCAUGUUGCACUAACCUCAUUAAAUAAAUGCUACCAACUGAUGAUCCUUCAUUUGUCCGGUUCUUAUUGGAAACCGGUCCUAGUGUUUAAUAAGCUUUUGUGUUAAUCCAAUCAGGAUUACAAGACACGACAAAAAUGAAAUGUUCUAGUACUAAGACUGUUGUCAUUUGCCAUGUUUUGUAUAGCUUUAAUAUUUUUUGAUAAUGUAAUUAUUAACGUUCACUGUCGGCGUGUCCGUGUGUAAAUAUGACUUAAGUACACUUAAUUCUAAUUACUGUGGCUUUAUCAAAUGUUGGUGAACUUAGUUAUCGCUUAUAUCGUCAAUGUUUUGUUAUGAUACGAUUAAUAUUACAAAUAUUUAUCCUAAAUUUUACUAUGCGUUCGUAUUAGUUCACAAUAAAUUGUUCAAUUUCAACUGAAA